GCGGCCCCUAGCGGCGGCCGGCGCGCACCCGCGGGACACGCCGCCGCCUCCCCCGCCCCGGCCCGCGGGGAUCGAGUUCGGCCUCUCCCACUGCGGGAACCGUCCGAGGCCGCGUCGGAGAAACGCGCCUCUGUUCGGGUUGGAAACGAAUCUGGGAACGUGUUUGAAGCGCGGUCAAGUUUGACUCAUCGCUUUCCAAGGACAGUUAGUGCCUUCCAUCUUCAUUAACGUGAAUAAAGACCUUGGCUGACUUCUGUCCAGAUCGGAUUUUUAAAGGCAUUGUUUGCUUGGGGAGAUCAUGCCUCUCCCCUCCCCCGCCGGCCGUUUUGCAAAGGCUGAGCCCAGUCCAGCCAGGAAGGCCGAGAGAUCUCUGCCUGGGGACGUGGCUUGCUGGCGGUGUCUGCGGGCCCUUCUGGAAGGCUGUCUCCCGGGCGCACGGGAAGCGUCCGUCCCUCUGCAGCUUCUCUUCAGAUCUUGAUGAUAAAACACAUCCCUCUAUUUUAUUGCAUUUCCUAGAAGCUUGCAGGCUUGCAAGAUCGCUGUUGGCAGGAAACGUGAUAGAAAUGAAAGUCAAGACAUAAUGUCCCCGAACACCUCGGUUACCCAAAGCGGCUGCCGAGGCCAUCGCGUUAUCAAAUUCGCUUUUAUCUGCUGUCGCCUUCCCCACCCUCCCGCCCUUCCGCCCCAGUCAAGAGGCAAAGAGUGCUUUCCCCUAAGAACAAAAACAACUCCGCGGUUUGACCCCGUCCCCUGCUGUCGGACCACUGUGGCUGGAGCCGUGCAGUUUGUCGGCUGCGCGGCUGCUGGGACCCAGAACGCUCCAGCAGGAGCCCCGAUGCGGGUUUCACUGCGGUGGCUCCAGCCUUAUUAGAAUUCCUUGUUCCUGUCCCUAAACAGUGCUUUGCACUUUCAAAUUCCCCAUUUGAGUUUUCAGCGAGUUAUUGGAGUUAUUAGAUUACCAAUAAUCCAACGGCUGGCCUGGAUAGAGAGGAGGGGGAAGGGCGGAGGGCAUUCUCCAAAUCGGGAAGCUCUGGCCAAACUAGGUCAAUGGGAAGGCGGGGCGGGCGAGACGGGCCUGCGGGUUUCAAGCCUUGACGGCGGGCGCUCUCUAGCGUUGGGCAGCGGUGGAAACACGCCGAGGCUUGAGCUCCCGGAACCACCGGGCCUCCUCAUUUCUAAUAAGUCCAUUUGUUGAAUUUUAAUUUCCCAGAUUCUCGCCCCCGCCCCAGAAUCGCAUUCCAGCCGUCUCGUUCGCCCUUAUCUAACUGGGCAGGGGAAUGAGAAAGCUUCAAAGCAGGAUUUUGAGACCGAGGAGGCCAAGUCUUUACGGACAGACGCUGAGCCCUCCUCGGUCGCAGACGGGAUGCGCGGCGCGGCGUGGCGCCACCCGCUAGUUUUAGGGCUGCGGCCUUUGAGGCUGAGCCUUUCGCUGUCCCCUGAAAGCGCCCUCCGCAGCCCGCUAUCGAGACCCAUUUGGAGCUGGCGCCCAGGGGUUAUAAUUCCCGGGGAGGCCGCGGGAAGGGGAGGCGAUUGCGGGCCGCGCCAGUGCGUGCGCUGGGGCCGGCGCCCCGGCCUCCGCCGGGUCCACGCCGUGUCUCUGCUGUUUCGGGGAAACUGGACUCGGAAAUCCCUACACCCGGCCAGGUUCGGCCUGGCGCCUCCUAUUCUAAAUACUUUAGGCGGAAACCAAGUCGAGCUGGGUUCCCGUUCUUGCCAACGUAGGCGGAAGGGACUUUCGGUUUAGUUUUCCUCCAACUUGGCUGGGGCGCGCAGGAUGGAGACCCUAAGCCCUUAGGGACUCCAUCUUUUUCGCCUCAACACCUCGCCUGACCAGCCCCUUAGAGAAGUGGCGGGGGGCGGGCGGAGACGGGCAAAAAGUGAGAAAAGGAACGACUCACUUAGGCCAACCAACGCCGGAAUUGGGCAACUUGGAGUCAGGAAAUGAGUCUCAGAUUGGACCCGAACGCCUGGCUUCUAGACCAGCUCCGCUACCAAACUUGUCUGAUUCCUCCGUUUAUAAAUGGCUGUGGGGAAGGGGUAGGACUGGAUGAACUCUGAGAGUCCUGGGCUCGGCGCGGGCGAGGGAUUUAGGGGAAAGUGCGCCGCACUCCCCGCGAGCCGCAGCCCCCUCCCCCGUGAAUCCCCGGGGCCAGCACGGCGCGGGCUGCGAUCCUGGCUGCAGUCGGGGCCGGGUAGCUUCCUGGAAAGUUAGACGGGCAGAGAGUAUUCUGUGAAAUCCGCAGAGCCGAGAUCGACUACGUUCCGGGAAUGAGAGGGCUGUGCCAUUCCCCUCCCUGCGCCCUGCCUUGACUGCAUAACAGGAAAAAAAAAAAAAAAGAAAAAAAAAGGCAUACACACAAUGUUAGCUACCGAAGUGCCCGAAAAGUUUUAUUUGAAUGUAACUAAAUUAAGGGCCACCACGGCCACACCAGGGAGCCUCCACCGCGCCUUGCAGGGGGCUUCGAGGUGGAUGGGAAGUGGUGCCCGCCGGUCGUCCAGAAGUGGGCAGUCUCUGGAAGACAGGUUUUAAGCAAAAUUUUGGACUGUGAAGCAACGCAUUGGGUGAAGACAAAAUGGCCUCACCGGCUGACAGUUGUAUCCAGUUCACCCGCCAUGCCAGUGACGUUCUUCUCAACCUCAAUCGCCUCCGGAGUCGAGACAUCCUGACGGAUGUUGUCAUUGUGGUGAGCCGUGAGCAGUUUAGAGCCCAUAAGACAGUCCUCAUGGCCUGCAGUGGCCUGUUCUACAGCAUCUUUACAGACCAGUUGAAAUGCAACCUUAAUGUGAUCAAUCUGGAUCCUGAGAUCAACCCUGAGGGGUUCUGCAUCCUCCUGGACUUUAUGUACACAUCUCGGCUCAAUCUGCGGGAAGGGAACAUCAUGGCUGUGAUGGCCACAGCUAUGUACCUGCAAAUGGAGCAUGUUGUGGACACUUGCAGGAAGUUUAUCAAAGCCAGUGAAGCAGAGAUGGUUCCUGCCAUCAAGCCUCCUCGUGAAGACUUCUUGAACAGCCGGAUGCUGAUGCCCCAAGACAUUAUGGCCUAUCGGGGCCGCGAGGUGGUGGAGAACAACCUGCCACUGAGGAACACCCCUGGGUGUGAGAGCAGAGCCUUUGCCCCCAGCCUGUACAGUGGUCUGUCCACACCGCCAGCCUCUUACCCCAUGUACAGCCACCUUCCAGUCAGCAGCUUCCUCUUCUCUGAUGAGGAGCUGCGGGAUGCCCGGAUGCCUGUGGCCAACCCCUUCCCCAAGGAGCGGGCCCUCCCCUGCGACAGUGGCAGGCCAGUCCCUGGGGAAUACAGCCGGCCGGCCAUGGAGGUGUCCCUCAGCGUGUGCCACAGUAACAUCUAUUCACCCAAGGAGACAGUCCCAGAGGAAGCACGAAGUGACAUGCACUACAGUGUGGCUGAGGGCCCCAAGCCCGCUGCCCCCUCGGUCCGAAAUGCCCCAUACUUCCCCUGCGACAAGGCCAGCAAAGAAGAAGAGAGACCCUCCUCAGAGGAUGAGAUUGCCCUGCAUUUUGAGCCCCCCAAUGCGCCCCUGAACCGGAAGGGUCUGGUUAGUCCACAGAGUCCCCAGAAAUCCGACUGCCAGCCCAACUCGCCCACAGAGUCCUGCAGCAGCAAGAAUGCAUGCAUCCUCCAGACCUCUGGCUCCCCGCCGGCCAAGAGCCCCACUGACCCCAAAGCCUGCAACUGGAAGAAGUACAAGUUCAUCGUGCUCAACAGCCUCAACCAGAAUGCCAAACCAGAUGGGCCCGAGCAAGCUGAGCUGGGCCGCCUUUCCCCGAGAGCCUACACUGCCCCACCUCCCUGCCAGCCACCCCUGGAGCCUGAGAACCUUGACCUCCAGUCCCCAACCAAGCUCAGUGUCGGCGGGGAGGAUUCCACCAUCCCUCAAGCCAGCCGGCUCAAUAACAUUGUUAACAGGUCCCUGACAGGCUCCCCCCGCAGCAGCAGCGAGAGCCACUCGCCACUCUACAUGCACCCCCCGAAGUGCGUGUCCUGCGGCUCUCAGUCCCCGCAGCACGCGGAGAUGUGCCUCCACACUGCGGGCCCCACGUUCCCCGAGGAGAUGGGAGAGACCCAGUCUGAGUAUUCGGAUUCCAGCUGUGAGAACGGGGCCUUCUUCUGCAAUGAGUGUGACUGCCGCUUCUCUGAGGAGGCCUCACUCAAGAGGCACACGCUGCAGACCCACAGCGACAAACCCUACAAGUGCGACCGCUGCCAGGCCUCCUUCCGCUACAAAGGCAACCUCGCCAGCCACAAGACCGUCCAUACCGGUGAGAAACCCUAUCGUUGCAACAUCUGUGGGGCCCAGUUCAACCGGCCAGCCAACCUGAAAACCCACACUCGAAUUCACUCUGGAGAGAAGCCCUACAAAUGCGAAACCUGCGGAGCCAGAUUUGUACAGGUGGCCCACCUCCGUGCUCACGUGCUCAUCCACACUGGCGAGAAGCCCUAUCCCUGCGAAAUCUGUGGCACCCGUUUCCGACACCUUCAGACUCUGAAGAGCCACCUGCGAAUCCACACGGGAGAGAAACCUUACCAUUGCGAGAAGUGUAACCUGCAUUUCCGUCACAAAAGCCAGCUGCGACUUCACUUGCGCCAGAAGCAUGGCGCCAUCACCAACACCAAGGUGCAAUACCGCGUGUCGGCCACUGACCUGCCUCCGGAGCUCCCCAAAGCCUGCUGAAGCAUGGAGUGUUGAUGCUUUCCUCUCCAGCCCCUCCUCAGAAUCUACCCAAAGGAUACUGUAACACUUUAUAAUGUUCAUCCCAUGAUGUAGUGCCUCUUUCAUCCACUAGUGCAAAUCAUAGCUGAGGGUAGGGGGUGGGGGGUGGGGCCUGGGGGACUGGGAGCCACGGCAGCUCCCUUCCCCCACUGCCAUAAAACAUUAAGAAAAUAAUAAUGCUUUUUCUCCUAUGUGUAAGGCGAACCAUGUCAGCAAAAAGCAAAAUCAUUUUAUAUAUCCAAGUGGGGGAGUAUGCAAAAGCUCUGACUUGACUUAGUCUGCAAAAUGAGGAAUGUAUAUGUUUUGUGGGAACAGACGUUUCUUUUGUAUGUAAAUGUGCAUUCUUUUAAAAGACAAGACUUUGGUGUGUUAUCAAAGAGAGGGCUUUAAUUUUUUUAACCAAAGGUGAAGGAAUAUAUGGCAGAGUUGUAAAUAUAUAAAUAUAUAUAUAUAUAUAAAAUAAAUAUAUAUAAACCUAAAAAAGAUAUAUUAAGAAUAUAAAACUGCGUUAAAGGCUCGAUUUUGUAUCUGCAGGCAGACACGGAUCUGAGAAUCUUUAUUGAGAAAGAGCACUUAAGAGAAUAUUUUAAGUAUUGCAUCUGUAUAAGUAAGAAAAUAUUUUGUCUAAAAUGCCUCAGUGUAUUUGUAUUUUUUUGCAAGUGAAGGUUUACAAUUUACAAAGUGUGUAUUAAAAAAACAAAAAGAACAAAAAAAAAAAAGCUGCAGAAGGAAAAACGUGUAAUUUUGUUCCAGUUUUCAGUUUGUAUAUACCUGUAUAACGUGUCCUCACGGUGCCUUUUUUCACGGAAGUUUUCAAUGAUGGACGAGUGUGCGCCAUCCCUUUUUGAAGUGUAGGCAGACACAGGGACUUGAAGUGGUCACUAACUAAACUCUCUUUGGGAACGUUUGUCUCAUCCCAUUCUGCGUCAUGCUUGUGUUAUAACUACUCCGGAGACAGGGUUUGGCUGUGUCUAAACUGCAUUACCGCAUUGUAAAAUAUAGCUGUACAAAUAUAAGAAUAAAAUGUUGAAAAGUCAA